UCCGUGCCCGGCGCUCGGACCCGGCUGGCGGGCGGCGGGUGAGGGGCCGGUGGCGGGGCAGAGCGAUGAGCUCCCGGAAAGUGCUGGCCCUGCAGGCCCGGAGGCGGCGGCCCAAGCAGCCCGCGGCGGCCGGCAGGAGGGACAAGCACAAAAACUCAUCAGUCUUAAUGUUGAACUGUUUACAGUCCUUGACCACGGUAUCCAAAAUGGCCUCAUGUCCAGAAGAUGAAGUUUCAAGGCCAGAGCCUCAACAGAAAGCUCCAUCUGCACCACCACCUCCACCUCCGCCCCCACCUCCGCCCCUGCCAGAGCCAGCACCACCAGAACCAGAGGAGGAGAUUCUGGGAUCUGAUGAUGAGGAGCAAGAAGACCCUGCAGAUUAUUGCAAAGGUGGCUAUCAUCCAGUGAAAAUUGGAGAUCUUUUCAAUGGCCGGUAUCAUGUAAUUAGGAAGCUAGGAUGGGGACACUUCUCUACAGUUUGGCUAUGCUGGGAUAUGCAGGGGAAGAGGUUUGUUGCAAUGAAAGUUGUAAAAAGUGCCCAGCAUUAUACAGAGACAGCCUUGGAUGAAAUUAAGUUGCUCAGAUGUGUUCGUGAAAGUGAUCCUAACGAUCCAAACAAAGACAUGGUUGUACAGUUAAUUGAUGACUUCAAAAUUUCAGGGAUGAAUGGAAUACAUGUCUGUAUGGUCUUUGAAGUUCUUGGACAUCAUCUCUUAAAAUGGAUAAUCAAAUCCAACUAUCAAGGACUUCCUAUCCGUUGCGUAAAAAGUAUAAUUCGACAGGUCCUUCAGGGUUUAGAUUAUCUACAUAGCAAAUGCAAGAUCAUCCAUACAGAUAUAAAACCAGAAAAUAUCUUGAUGUGCGUGGAUGAUGCCUAUGUGCGUAGAAUGGCUGCUGAAGCCACAGAGUGGCAGAAAGCUGGUGCUCCUCCUCCUUCUGGCUCAGCAGUGAGUACUGCCCCACAACAAAAGCCUGUUGGGAAAAUAUCUAAAAACAAAAAGAAAAAACUGAAAAAAAAACAGAAGAGGCAAGCUGAACUACUAGAGAAACGCCUGCAGGAAAUAGAAGAACUGGAGCGAGAAGCUGAAAGGAAAAAAAUAGAAGAAAAUGUAACCUCAGCUGUACCAUCAAAUGAGCAAGAAGAUGAGUAUCAUCCAGAGGUCAAGCUAAAAACAGCUGAUUUAGAAGAGGUAGCAGAUGAAGAUCCUGGGAAUGAUGAUGGUGAAGCAGAAGAUCAGGAGGAAAAAGAAGACACAGAAAAAGAAAACACUGAGAAAGAUGAUGAUGUUGAACAGGAACUUGUCAACACAGACCCUACGUGGAUAGAAUCCCCCAAAACAAAUGGCCAUAUUGUAAAUGGCCCAUUCUUACUGGAACAACAGAUUGAAGAUGAAGAUGAGGAUGAGGAAGACUGCCCAAACCCUGAGGAGUAUAACUUCAAUGAGCCAAAUGCAAAAAGUGAUUAUUCUUAUAGUAGCUCCUAUGAACAAUUUAAUGGUGAAUUGCCAAAUGGACCUCAUAAAAUUCCUGAGUCACAGUUCUCUGAAUUUUCAGCUUCAAUGUUCUCUGGAGCUUUAGAAUCUGUAGCUUGUAGUUCAGCUGUUUCGGAGGGAUCAUCUGUAACUGAAAGAGACGAGAGCAGCCCAUCUCAGGAUAGGAGCAGAACAGUUUCAGCGUCUAGUACUGGAGAUUUGCCAAAAACAAAAACCCGUGCUGCGGACUUAUUGGUGAAUCCCCUGGAUCCAAGAAAUGCAGAUAAAAUUAGAGUUAAAAUUGCUGAUCUGGGAAAUGCUUGCUGGGUGCAUAAACACUUCACUGAAGACAUCCAGACAAGACAGUAUAGAUCCAUAGAGGUUUUAAUAGGAGCAGGUUACAGUACACCUGCUGAUAUCUGGAGUACAGCCUGUAUGGCAUUUGAGCUUGCAACUGGAGAUUAUUUGUUUGAACCACAUUCUGGUGAAGACUAUUCCAGGGAUGAGGACCACAUAGCACACAUCAUAGAGCUGCUAGGCAAUAUCCCAAGGCACUUUGCUCUAUCUGGAAAAUAUUCUCGGGAAUUCUUCAAUCGCAGAGAUCACAUAGCAUUGAUCAUUGAACUGCUGGGAAAAAUCCCUCGAAAAUACGCUAUGUUGGGGAAAUAUUCCAAGGAGUUUUUCACCAAAAAAGGAGAACUCCGGCACAUUACCAAGCUAAAACCUUGGAGCCUCUUCGAUGUGCUUGUGGAAAAAUAUGGUUGGCCUCAUGAAGAUGCUGCACAGUUCACAGAUUUCCUGAUCCCCAUGCUAGAAAUGGUUCCAGAAAAACGAGCUUCAGCUGGAGAAUGCCUUAGGCAUCCAUGGUUGAAUUCUUAGCAGAAUCUUCAAACGUAACAUUGAACCAGCAACCACUUCCAGUGCAUCGGACCUAAAUGGUGACUGUCACAAAUUCUUUAACAGGAUCACAAGUGAGCUGGCUUCAUCCUCAGACCUUUAUUUUGCUUUGAGGUACUGUUUGACAUUUUGCUUUUUGUGCACUGUAUUCUUGGGGAAGGGUAGUCUUGUCUUCAGCUGGUAGUUUACUGACCCACUCUCUUCAGAAAACACUUAACGUGUCUUUAAGCAUCAUUUCUUGUGUUGUGUGGCAUUCAAAUGUCAAACUUUUGAACAAACUAUUCCCCCCCCCCCCCAUCUCUCUGUGUUUUGGCAGGUUUGUAACUAUUUAUGAUGAAAUAUUUUAGCUGAGUAUUAUAUAAUUUACAAGUUUGACAUUAUCAAGUCAGAACUGAGAAAUGGCAAGGAAUUGUACAAUUUUAUUUUCUGACAAAGGGACAUCAUUCUUGUAUUAUAGUGUAUGUAAAUGCACCCUGUAAAUGUUUAUUUCCAUUUAAAUAUGGGAUGGGGACUCGGAUUUCAGAGUAAAGCUACUAAGUUUAAAGAGCUUUGUAGCAUACAAAUUGCAUGUAGCGGACUUCAAGCUGCUUUAAGGAUUUGUGUAAACUUUCCAUUUUGUAGAAGUUCCUGUACAUUAGAUUAUAAACAAAGUGGCUCUGGUUUACAAGACUUCAUUCCACAAAUGGCACUUUAAAGGAAGGCUAGACUUCUUUCUAAUGAUAAAGUAUGCAUUAUCAUUUAGCACUCCCUUUUUGAAUUUUUGCCUAUUUUAAGUGCUUUUAAGGAGAAUAUAGCAAUUUCCCCUACAAUGUGAUAGUGAAGAUAUGGUAUCAUAUGGUGUUGCCUUUUUAUAAGCACUGUAAUUUGUACUAUACCCAAAAGAUUAAAAGUGAGCAUGGGAAAUAUUCUGUCUAGAAUUACUGAUAAUAUGUGCUUGGGAUACGAAAAGGAUUGAGCAAAAAGCAAAUAUAAUUUAGAGGACAAAAUAAUUAAACUUUUGAAACCGCUCAUGUUCAUUCCAUUCAUAGCUUUACAUGCUCCUAAAACAAAUUGCACUAGCUUUUUUCCCCCCCAUGAAUUGUCAUAUAUAGCAAUUAGUUUGCCCUUUGUAAAUUGCGCGCAAAAUUGUAAAUGUUUUAAGGGGGUGAAAAAGCUAAAUAGACUCAAAGUCAUAGGCAAUACAGAUUUUAGAAUGUAAAAUAUGGAGGUGUAUUUUGCCCUCUUUUAGAAGUCAGUGGGAUGAAUGUAAGUUUAUUUCUGGUUUUACAUAAUUAUGGUGCCACUUUUUUGACUGUCCAUUUUAAAUUUAUUCACAUGCCUUUGCAAUAACUAGAUUGUGAGAAGAUAGCUCUGUGUUGUAACAAUAACCAAUUGUUUGAGGUGCUUGCAGUUGUCUAAUUAAAGUGUUUUGUUUUUUUCA